AUGGCCAACUCGACCAUUAUCCACUUUCCUUCCGCAACUUGCAAACUUGAGGAUGUAGCCGCUAGAGAAGUCGGCGAAGACAUUGUACUUCACGGCUAUCUGGGCACGCAAAGGCAAGCUGGCAAAAACUUGCUCUUCGCUGAACUUCGCAGCACAAGUUUAUCACAUUCCAUCCAACUGGUUGCCUCAAACAAGACCAGCAUUGAUGGAGAAAGCGUCUUUGACAAACUCAGCGGACUGAACAUUGAAACACCCGUAGCCAUUGAGGGAAAGAUUAAGAGUCGUAAAGCUAAGCCAUCUACUUCCAAAGCAGAGGAAGGAGCUGUGCAACAAGUGACAGAUGUUGAGAUUGAACUGACGAAGAUAUCUCCGCUGAACUACUUCCCUAAGGAUAUCAUGGUCACUCAGGAUUCCGUCUUUUCUGCAGAGCAAAGACAUCUGCAACUAAGAAUGGAGAAACCACUACGAGAUGCACUAGCUUUCAGAAGUAAAGCAGCCAGCAUUCUACGGACAGAACUUUGUGAGGGCAAAGACUUUGUCGAGAUCGAAACACCUCUGUUAUUCAAGUCGACUCCUGAGGGUGCUCGUGAAUUCUUGGUCCCCACACGCACACCCGGCCUUGCAUACGCCCUUCCGCAAAGCCCUCAGCAGUACAAGCAGAUUCUGAUGGCAAGCGGCAUACCACGCUAUGUGCAAUUUGCAAAGUGUUUCCGUGACGAAGACCUCCGCGCGGACAGACAACCAGAAUUCACACAAGUAGAUCUCGAAAUGUCUUUUGCGACUGGAGAGGAUGUGAUGAACACAGUGGAGUCUGUCGUCAAGACGCUAUGGCAGAAGCUGCUUGGGAUCUCGCACGAUGAACCAUUCCCGCAACUUUCAUACGAGGAUGCAAUGUCAACGUACGGCUCUGACAAGCCUGAUGUUCGUCUUGGAUCCAAGAUUUCACGCGUUGAGUAUAUGCUACCUGUGGAUCUUGUCCGCAAGAUUGGUCCCUUGCACGAUCCGAUUGUCGAGGUCCUCAAAAUAUCUAUCUCUGAAGAUGCGAAGGAAACCCGUGGAUUUGUGAGUCGCUUCAUGGACUCGCCAGAAGCCAGACCCUUCAACGAAAACCCAGAGGGUCAGCCCGGCAUCUUCAUCUACGACCCCCGCAAACCACUUUCAGGUCUUUCGGUGUUUGGCUUUGAAGCUGCGGAAACGAUAGAAGAGACACUGGAUCUUGAGGAAGGAGACUUGGUGGUACUCCAAGCUCGUAAGAAUGCACCCCAUGCAGGUGGUUCAACGCCACUUGGAAACCUACGUCUAGCUCUACACAAGUUUGCCGUGCAACACAACUACAUGCCCGCUCCCCAAGGAUUUAAAUUUCUAUGGAUCACUGACUUCCCGUUGUUCUCGCCUUCUGUAGCGAAUGAGCCUGGUCAAGGUGGUGCUGCGGGAUUAAGCUCUACGCACCACCCUUUUACUGCGCCCAAGACGGCCCAAGACGUGGAUCUGCUGCUUACAGACCCAGCCGCCGUCAAGGCUGAGCACUACGACUUGGUGGUCAACGGCGUCGAGCUCGGUGGCGGCAGUCGCAGAAUCCAUUCAGCAGCCAUGCAGCAGUUUGUCCUGCGUGAAGUCUUGAAGAUGAGUGAAGAGAGACUCAAGGACUUUGACCACCUGAUUGAGGUAUUGAGAGCAGGAUGUCCGCCACAUGCGGGUAUGGCACUAGGUUUUGACAGACUCAUUGCAGUCAUGCUCGGCAAAGAGAGCGUCAGAGAUGUAAUUGCUUUCCCAAAGAGUGGACGUGGUGAAGAUUUACUCGUCAAAAGUCCCACACGCAUGACGGAAGAUCAACUCAGGACAUACCACCUCAAACUCAGAGAGUAA